AUGGACCUGGUCGAACGAUGGAUAUACAACCCCCCGGCGCCGCCAAAACGGACGCGGGACAGACCGAUGAAGGUGCUCGCACUGGGCAUGUCUCGGUCGGGGACGGAGUCUCUGUCGCGUGCCCUCCGUAUCCUCGGGUAUGAUCAUGUCUUCCAUGGCUUUGAAAUGUGGCAAAACACGCCAAUGCUCUGGCGGUCGUGGGCGAUGCUCGGGCGACGGAAAUGGGGCAACGCUGGUACUGCCGAUGGAAAGACUGGCAUUACGAGGGAGGAUUUCGAUAACUUACUCGGACACUGCGAAGCCAUCACCGACCAGCCUGGUACACUCUUUGCCCCGGAAUUGAUCGCCGCCUAUCCCGAAGCCAAAGUGAUUCUCAACCGCCGCGACGUCGACUCCUGGUAUCCCAGCCUCUGCACUGUCCUUCGCCCAUUAACCACCGGAUUGUUUUAUCACGUGCUGCCCUGGUUCAAUGCCGACCUCUAUUGGGAAGCGCAAUAUGUUCGGGGUUGUCUGAUGCCUUUCUUUCACGGGUCUUGGGAGCAGCACGGCAAAUGGGUCUAUGAGCAGCACAGUGCCACUAUUAGGGGGAUGGCCCCGUCGGAUCGGUUUCUGGAGUGGACGGUAGAGGAUGGCUGGGAGCCUCUAUGCCGGUUCCUAGAGAAAGACGUCCCUACAGAAGAGUUCCCCAACGGCAACACCGUGGACAAUGCUCUGGAUGCCCAUAAUAACAAUGUAGACAAAUGUGUCGCCUCGGCGGUCCGUAACCUGACUAUUUCGGUGGUCUGUGUUGGGGUUGCAGUCGCAUAUGGUUUAGGAGGUCAUCGUGUCGAGUGGCAGCAAUGGGCCUACUCUCUCAACUUCCGCGAGAGUAUAAACAACCUCCUUUAA